AAUGACUGAAUUGGCAAAGAGUUCAUAUUGGACAGAUUUAGAACAAAAAAUUACAAAUGAAACAGUAUUAUAAACUAUGAGAAAGUUUGGAUAGUUUGAGCACAGAAUAAAUGAUGGUACAACAAUUGAAUAUUAAUAGUUAUUUAAUAAAUAAUUGACUCACAUGAAUUAACCUAUAAGUUAGAUGUAGUUAUGGAUAAUGGAUCAGUUUACACUGGAGAAAUGAGAAAUAAUCAAAGAUGCGGAAGAGGAACUUAAAUUUGGAAAGAUGGAUCUAUAUAUGAAGGGUAUUUGUCUUCAAUUUAGAAAUAGAACUUGGUUAGAUGGUUCAGCAUUUGGAUUUGGAAGAUUAAUUCAUGCAGAUGGAGACUUAUAUUAAGGAGAUUGGAAUGGAGAUAAAUCAAGUGGAUAUGGAGAAUAUUAUCAUCUAGAUGGAGCAGUUUAUAAGGGGGAAUGGAGUGAAGAUAAAUAAGAUGGAAGGGGAAUUGAGAAAUGGCCUGAUGGAGCUAUAUAUGAUGGUGAAUAUAAAUAAGGGAAAAAAGAUGGAAAGGGGAAAUUUGCUUGGACAGAUGGAUCUAAGUAUUAUAGUUUCCAAUAAAAUAGAUAUGAAGGAGAAUUUAGUCAGAAUGAUAUUCAUGGAUAUGGUGUUUAUAAAUGGGCUGAUGGAAGAGUUUAUGAGGGAUAGUGGAAGCACAAUAAAAUGGAUGGAUAUGGAAAAUUUGUUUGGUCAGAUGGCAGAUUAUAUACAGGAAAUGUAGUUAUUAUUUUAAAGUUUAGUACAAAGAAGAUAAGAAGUAAGGCUUUGGUAAAUUUUAAUGGCCUGAUGGAAGAUCAUAUGAAGGAUUAUGGGAAAAUGGUAAAUAACAUGGAGAAGGAGUAUAUAUAACUGCAAAUGGAGCAAGAAAAAGAGGAGAAUGGAUAGAGGGUAAAAGAACAAAAUGGUUAGAAACUGAAUAAUGA